AUGCAUCUCAAGGCUGCCAUAGCCCUCGCCGCCGGGCUUGCUUCCGUGGUUUCCGCUGGCCCUACGACGCCGGCGGACCUCCAGAUGCGCCAGGCCAGGCAUAACGACUUUUCGUGCAAGCCCAGCGCCAACCAUCCCAACCCCGUGGUGCUGCUUCACGGCUUGGGCGCCACCUACUACGAGGACAUUAACCUGAUCGAGGCCUUCCUCCAGGCUAGGGGGUUCUGCACCUUUUCCCUGACGUACGGUGCCUAUGACGGCUUCCCCUUUGUCGGGGGUCUCAAGCCCAUCGACGAGUCGUCGCAUGAAAUCUCCGACCUGAUACUUGACGUGCACGCCAAGACGGGUGCCAGCAAGAUCGACAUUGUCGGCCACUCCGAGGGCGGCUUCCAGGCGCUGUACGUGCCCAAGUUCCGCGAGGGCGUCGCUGCCGUCGUUGAGCACAUUGUCGCCAUUGCUCCGCCCACGCAUGGCACAAGCUUUGCCAACUUAUGGAAGCUCGCGCCGCUUUUCGGCCAGGACGCGCGCAAGGAUAUUGGCGCCAUCUUGGAAAAGGUAGGCUGCGCACCAUGCGACGAGAUCUCGGUCAACGGACCCAGCAUCGCCAAGCUCAACGCCGGCCCGAUUGUCCAGCCCGGCAACAAGGUCACCAUCAUCAUCUCCAAAUACGACGAGCUCGUCACGCCCCCCACGACGGCUUUCGUCCAUGAGGACGGCGUCAACAACAUUUACGUCCAGGACUACUGCCCAUACGAUUUCGUCGGUCAUAUUGGCGAGGCGUAUGACUGUAAUGUCUGGAACCUGAUUCUCAAUUCGCUCGAGAACCAGGUGGGUCGCAAAUUCGUCUGUCUUGCUGGUUCACCGGGGAAAUAA